GGGCCCGGACCAUGUACCGGCAGAGCUUCCGCCCCCCGACGCCUCCGUACGCGGGCGGCGGCUUCCGGAGCCCUCCCUCCGGCGGAGGCCCUCUGCCACCCUCCCCGCAGGGCUACGGGAGCCCCCACCACACGCCGCCUUACGGCCACCGGCCUGGGCCUUACGGCAGCGGCCAGUCGCCCCGAGGCCACAGUUUCCACGGCGGAGGCGGGCGGUUCGGGAGCCCGUCGCCGGGGGGGCAGACCCCGCGCAGGCCGCAGAGCGUCAGCCUCCGGUACCCGGCUCCCUACAGCGGCAAAUCCCCGGCUGGAGCUCCCCUGCACCCGCAGCAGCACAAGCGCUCGCCCGGGGGCUUCCAGAGGCACUACCAGGGAUCACCCAGGACAUCUACUCCAUUUGGUACAGCGCAUGGCAGAGAGAAAAGAGUGUCUAAUGAUGUGGAAAACUAUUACAGACCUUCAAUGCUUGAGGACCCAUGGGCUGGCCUAGAGCCAGUUUCUGUUACAGACAUAAACCAACAAUACAGCAGUGAGCAAACAACAUAUACUGGUAAAAAAGGGAGGUAUUUCAGCUAACACUUUUAAAGGCCAAAUAACUCCAUCUUGUCAGGAAAACUUUGGGACAAAAUCUUUACACUUACACAAGAUGAACAGUAAUCAAGACCUUAGAUAAUGCUUUUAUUUGAUCACAUGUCCACCCUUUUAUCCUAUUUUUUUUUUUUUAAUUGCAUUGGAUAUUUUUAUGUAUGGGAGGAAAAAGGAGUGGUAGGAAAACUUACAUUUCUGGCUACGUGGAAGUGCCUACCAGCUUUGAAGAACAAAGUGUUCUUUAAUCACCAGCGACUGAUUUGUGACUGUUAAAACAGGUUUCCAUAUAUUUACCUCUUUCAUGCCAGAUUGUUAGCCUUUUAUUGUAAACUCCUUUAGGAAAUGGUAUUUUUUUAUGUUUCAACAUUUUUAGAAUGAAGUAACUUGGAAAUAAAAUAAAGUUUUGUAAAUCCUU